UUUGACCUUUCACCUGUCAAAAAUGGAAGCAAAACUUGAACUUGUCAAGUUUCUUCACUGCUUUGCAAAAUUCUUCUUCCAUAACAGACUCUCCCACCAAACUGCGGUAUCUCUAACAAGAUAUUUCUCGCAAAAGCAAGACUUCUCCCGCCACCAUGUCCAUAAACGUUCACUCCCAUGCCUUCGCUGGCAACCCUCUUCUCUCCAAAUUCUCAUUUUCAGGCCACCCGCUUCCACCCUCUUCAGCUCUUGAAGCGCUCAACGCGAAAAUUGGGCUACCAAAUACUCAUUCGUAUCCAUCCCUGAGCUUCAAGGUACUACCUUUCAAAAAUGGGCGGCUCUUGGCUUCUUCCGAGGCCAGCUCGCCGCCGAUUUGGCAUCUGGGUUGGCUCGGCUUGGACGAUCUCAGGGUUAUUUUCGACAAGUCCGGUGCCCAGUUGAGUGUGGACUCGUUGGUGUAUCUGAAUUCGAGUGCAGAGGACGACGCCGUUUACUGGGCAAUCGAUGUUUCUGCUGAGGUAAUUGAAUUGGGUAGCAAAACGGGUUUGCGUUUUGUGGAGCUUCGAACGCUCAUGGUGGCUACCGACUGGUCGGAUUUGCAAGCAAUGGGAAGCUUGGCUAUUGCUGGUCAUGCUAAGGCACUGCUAGAAUGGCAUAAUGUAUCACGAUUUUGUGGACAUUGUGGUGAGAAAACAGUCCCAAUGGAAGCUGGACGAAGGAAGCAAUGUUCUAAUGGUUCAUGCAAAAAGAGGAUAUACCCGCGUGUUGAUCCGGUGGUCAUUAUGCUUGUAAUUGAUAGAGAGAAUGACCGUGCUCUUUUGGCUAAGCGACCAAUGCGUCUACAUCGAUUGUAUACUUGCUUAUCAGGUUUCAUAGAGCCAGGAGAAAGCUUGGAGGAAGCUGUAAGAAGAGAAACAUGGGAAGAGACUCGUGUUGAAGUGGGAGAAGUUGUAUAUCACAGUUCUCAACCGUGGCCUGUUGGACCAAGUGGCAUUCCAUGCCAGUUGAUGGUUGGGUUCUUUGCAUAUGCAAAAUCACUUGAAAUAACUGUGGACAAGAAAGAGUUAGAAGAUGCUCAGUGGUACAGUAGAGAAGAAGUAAGAAAUGCAUUGACGUCUGCUAAAUACAAGGAAACCCAAAGAACUGCAGCAGAAAAGGUCGAGCAAAUAUGUAAGGGACUAGAAGAGAACAGAAGCUUCGCUUCAGAUUUCAACGUGGAAAGUGCUGGUGAAAAUGCUCCAAUAGUUUUCCCUGGACCCUUUGCAAUAGCCCAUCACCUUAUUUCUUCUUGGGCAUUCUCGGAUAAAAAUGUCGUGCAUCACUCAAAAUAACCCAUCAGUUCUUUGAUAAAUUCAGAAACUCUUUUUCAAGGAGCCUCUGGAAAUAAAAUUUGUUAUUAUUGUUAAAUAUCUUUUUAUCCCCAAUAAUAUAGAGGGUUUCUGCUGCUGGUGAUGAUAUUUUAUCGUCAAACUGUUUUUAGAUUCUGCAGUCUUGGAAUUGAAGAGCUCGACUUUUGAUUUUGCAUUAUUCGUUCACGUACUACUCAUAUGGUCUAUUACCAACGAUCUUAUUGAUAUUAUACAAGACCAUUUACUUGUUAUGGUUUCA